AUGGAUAGAGCAGCUGACCGAAGACUUUGUGGCCAAUGUCACACAUCGAUCGGUGAUGAGGCUGUGGUGGCAAUGAAUCGCCUCUGGCAUCCGGAUCAUUUCACCUGCACCGCUUGUAAACGCCCUAUCAAGUCAUACCUUGCCAGCCAGGUCCAGAGCCAACAUUCCGCAUUUUGCUCCCAUUUUUCAAUUACUUUUGUGAAUUAG